UGAAUGAAUGCAAGAUGGCGCUGUCCAUUGGACAAAACGUAAAAUCUCUCUUUCGGUUUAUACCAAGGAACAAUUACCACAGCGUAUUAUAUAAAGCACAGAAAAGCAUAGGAACGACGAGUUCCCAUGAGGAGCGAGUGUUCUCUGGAAUCCAGCCUACAGGUGUUCCUCACUUGGGCAACUAUCUUGGUGCUCUUGAGAGCUGGGUGGCCCUGCAAGGAAAGUACAGUUCAGUGAUGUACAGCAUUGUAGAUCUUCAUUCCAUCACUCAGCCUCAGGACCCUCAACUCCUCAGAGAAAACAUCCUGGACUUGGUGGCCAGUCUGUUGGCAUGCGGCAUUGACCCAACUCGCUCCAUCCUCUUCCAGCAGUCUCAGGUCUCUGAACACGCCGAACUUUCAUGGAUCCUGGGUUGCCUUACCAGCAUGCCUCGACUGAGGCACCUGCCUCAAUGGAAGAUGAAGAGCAAGCAGAAGAAUGAGGGCAGUGUGGGACUUUACACCUACCCAGUCUUACAAGCUGCAGACAUACUGCUAUACAAAUCCACACAUGUGCCAGUAGGAGAGGACCAGAUCCAGCAUUUGGAGCUUGCCCAGGACCUGGCCCGCAUCUUCAACAACCAGUACGGAGAGUUUUUUCCCGAACCUCGUGCCCUGCUCAGUUCCACUCAAAAGGUGAAAUCUCUAAGAGAUCCGUCCUCCAAGAUGUCAAAGUCAGACCCUCAGAGGUUAGCUACAGUCUUCCUGACUGACACACCGGAAGACAUUGUCCUCAAGCUUCGUAGGGCUGUGACAGACUUCAACUCCAAAGUGACCUAUGAGCCUGAGAGUCGGCCAGGUGUCUCUAACCUGGUCGCUGUGCAUGCUGCUGUGUCUGGACAGACCGUAGAGGAGGUGGUUAGGUCUGCCGAUGGUUUAGACACUGGACAGUACAAGAAUGUGGUAGCUGAAGCUGUUGUACAGAAACUGAAACCCAUUCAGCAGGAGAUCCAGAGACUUCGGGCCGACAGGGGGCAUCUUGAGAGUUUGCUAACUGAAGGAGCAGAGAAAGCUCGCUGUCUCGCAGCUCCAGUGAUGAUGGAGGUCAGGAAACGGGUGGGAUUCUGUUAACACAUAGUUUUUGAAUAUUCAAAAACUGUAUUGCUUACGUGUAAUGUAUACACCAGAAAGAGACAGAAAAGUAUUUUUAAUGAAAAGAAACUAUCGGGAUAAAAUUGCAUCAUCACCAUUGAUUUUCCAUGUGGUUUUUAGAAGACCACUGGUUAGUUUUGUGUGCUUGCCAUCUUUUCUAUUUCAUUAUUUUCUAUUUAUUUAGCAAAAUAAAGUUGUUUACUUUUA